AUGGUCAGCGCUUCGAGGUUGACGGCGUUGAAUGCCUCCAUCUGUGUGGCGCUUGCCUCGGGCAUUUGGAGCAUGGACAACCUUGUCACCUUUGGGGACAGCUAUACGGAUGAGUCGAGGGCUAUUUAUCUAGCCGAGUACGGCCAUGUGCCGCCUGCAGGCCUACUCAUGCCACCGAAUAACAGGACAGCGGAUGGUGGCAUAGCCUGGGGCAGAAUGGUGGCGAGCAUGACCGGUGCUAGGUACUACAACUAUGCAGUGGCCGGCUCUACCUGCUCGGAAAAGGUAGCAACACAACCAGCACGUAUUAUACCUGGCCAGAUACCGACUGUUCUCGAGUAUGAGGUUCCUGCAUUCGAAGCAGAUUUGGCCGUUGCAUCGUUCUACCCCAAUCGACAAGCAAACAACACAGUAUACGCCAUGUGGAUUGGCACCAAUGAUCUUGGCGUAGAAGGCUUCCUUUACGAUCGCAACAGACCUGGGACGGUUCUCAAUGACUUUGUUGGUUGCGUGUGGCAAUCCUUUGAUCGCAUUUACAAGGCCGGGGGUCGUCGAUUCGUUAUCAUGAAAGCCGUGCCACUGGAAAAGACGCCGACGUACGCAAGCUUUGACAAUGGAGGUGCACGAGAUAAUCCGGUCUGGCCGACAAAGUCUCAAUACAAUACGACAGAAUAUCAGCACAAGAUUUUCCAGUAUAGUCAGGCAGUGAAUGAGCUGUUUGACUACACGACGCCACUUCAUCUCUUGCUGAAACGUCGUUGGCCGGGAGCCAGCGUCACCGUCUUUGACACUCAUUCGAUUUUCAACGACAUUCACAACAAUCCCGGUCAAUAUCUUUCAUCGCCGCAGAACGUCGUGUCUUCAUUCAAGACCUGUGAUGCCACUGGCAAAUGCGAAAGUUCCACUUGGCCCAAAGCAAGCUUUCUCUGUGCCUCUCAGGACUGCACUCUUGUCCUUGACGCCGAGGACGAUGCCGUUGCCGUUGCCGUUGCCGUUGCCGAGGUCAAGGGUAACUUAAGGGGCACAGGAGCUGAGGAGCCGGCGACAACUGGCGGCGGCAGGCGGCGGUAA